UAAUCUAGUCCAGUUUACCGUUGACGACGGUUCUACUGCUCAUACCGCUGCUGCGUCUUAGUCUUUGGUUACCAGAAUAUUCCAAAAGAAUAAGCUACCUUCUUCCGUAACAAUCACACUAUCACAGCAAAUAGAACCGUAGAAGAAACUACAAAGCGCUGAUCUGAUCUCUGAUCUGAUUUCUGAUCAGAUCAACCUCCGAUUCCGAUGGCUUCCACGGAGGGUUUGGUACCAAUAACUAGGGCUUAUCUUGCUUCUUAUUACGACAAAUACCCCUUUCCACCUCUUUCUGACGAUGUCUCUCGCCUUUCUUCUGAGAUUCGAUCAAUUUCCAAUGACUUGCUCCGUCAGCAUCCUCCUAACCAAGGAGAAAGCAUGUUAAUAAAAGAAGCAGAUGGCCAACCACCGCAUAAAAUUGAUGAGAACAUGUGGAAGAAUAGAGAAUACAUUGAAGAGACGAUUUUUUUACUUGAUAAACCUAACUGGCCAGAAGCGCUGAAACAGCAGUCCUCACCUAGUGAAGUAGAAUAUGCUGUUAUACUUGGGCAGCUGAAAGAUAAACUUUAUAGUACUUUGAAGUUUUUGGAAUCUUUCCAAGCAAAGAAUUCUGAGCAUGUGUUUAACACAGUUAUGACAUAUUUACCUCAAGACUUUCGAGGAACACUCCUCAGACAGCAACGGGAGCGCUCGGAGAGGAAUAAGCAAGCAGAGGUUGAUGCUUUGGUAAAUUCUGGUGGUAGCAUACAAGAGCGAUAUGCUCUUCUUUGGAAACAACAAAUGGAUAGGAGAAGGCAGUUGGCUCAGCUCGGUUCUGCAACCGGAGUCUAUAAAACACUUGUGAAGUAUCUUGUUGGAGUUCCACAGGUAUUGCUUGAUUUUGUUAGGCAGAUAAACGAUGAUGAUGGGCCCAUGGAGGAGCAGCGUCAUCGCUAUGGACCACCAUUAUAUAGCCUCACUUCGAUGAUUCUUUCUAUUCGACUCUUUCUUUCAUUAUUAUGGAUACGAUAUGGGGCCACGAAACUAAAAAGGGAGCAGCUGGCUCUGCUGGAAGAAGCUGUUGAAGUCUACACCAGAGAGUUUGAGAGGUUCCUGAAAUUUAUUAGUGAGGUCUUUGCAAAUGCACCUUUUUUCAUCUCAGCAGAGGUUGCCGGUGCUUUGGAUGCAAGCAAAAAUGAUGACUACAAAGAGAUAACUGUUCCAGCUGGCAAAACUUAUGAGGUUUUGCUCUCAGUGGACUCCGUAAACUCGUACAUUGCAUGGGAUUUUUCAUUAGUACAAGGCAAGAUAAAUAUGGAUAUUGGAUUUAGUUUGGAGUUUUUAAGUCCUUCUGGCGACAAAACUCUGAUGUUACCGUACCGCCGCUACGAGUCUGACCAAGGAAACUUCUGCACAUUGAUGGGUGGAAGCUAUAAGCUGAUAUGGGACAACACGUACUCAACCUUUUUUAGAAAGGUAGUGCGAUACAAGGUAGAUUGUAUACCACCAGUAACAGAGCCCGUGGAAUCUGACUGAAGCAAGGGAAGGUUAUUAUUCAUUUUAAUCUUGCUGUAAACAAAAAUUUCCAUUUCCAUUAUAUUCACCGCUGGAUUAAUAGGCAUUAAUGUGUCUAUUAAUCCUCUUUUUAUUUAUUAAAUGUGUGUAAUAGUAACAACAGUAAGAUUAAUGAAGAUGAUAAUUAUUUUACAUUUUAA